AUGGCCGCGAAUGCCUCGGCCAGCGGCCCCGUGGCCCCUCCGCAGGCCGGCGUGCUCGAGGGCUCCAAUCCGAUCGCUUACACGCCGUCGAAUCCGAUUAGCCUUUUUAUCGUCCAGGCAACAUCCAACACGCAGGCAAUCAUCGUGAUUCUUCUUUGCCAGCUUUUGCACUAUCCGCUGCGGCUGCUGAACCAGCCCCGUGUCAUCGCCGAGGUCAUCGGCGGCAUCCUGCUGGGCCCCUCGGUGAUGAUGCGGAUACCGGGCUUCAAGGACACCAUCUUCCCGACUGCGUCCAUGCCCGUCUUCAACAAUGUCGCCAACCUGGGCCUGCUCAUCUUCCUCUUUUUGAUUGCGCUGGAGGUCGACAUCCGUCUCUUCACCCACAAUUGGAGGGCCGCCCUGAGCGUCGGCCUUGCGGGCAUGGCCCUCCCGUUCGGCCUGGGCUUUGCCAUUGCUUGGGGUAUCUACAACCAGUUGCUCGCCGGCGUCGGGACACCCAUCAGCUUCGGCGUCUUCGGCCUGUUCAUCGGCACCGCCCUCGCCAUCACUGCCUUCCCUGUGCUCUGCCGCAUUCUCAGCGAGCUGAAUCUGCUCCGCUCCAAUGUCGGCGUCACUGUUUUGGCCGCCGGCAUUGGCAACGACGUGACAGGCUGGAUCCUGCUGGCACUGUGCGUCGCCCUGGUAAACAAUAGCAGCGGCCUGGCCGCGCUCUGGGCUCUGCUGUGCUGUAUCGGCUGGGCCCUGUUCCUGGUGUUCAUCGUCCGACCUCCCUUCAUCUGGGUCCUCGGCCGGACCGGCAGCCUGCAUAAUGGGCCUACCCAGGGCAUGGUCGCUCUGACAAUGCUCAUGAUGCUGGCUUCCGCCUGGUUUACCGGUAGACUACGAUCGUCCUGGCUAUAUUGUACUGACCCCAUCUCAGGGAUCAUUGGCGUCCAUCCCAUCUUCGGCGCCUUCUUGAUGGGCCUCAUAUGCCCCCACGACGGUGGCUUCGCCAUCAAACUGACCGAAAAGAUUGAAGACCUCAUCUCCGUCUUGUUUAACCCCCUCUACUUUGCCCUGUCCGGUCUCAAUACGAACCUGGGCCUAUUGAAUGACGGGGUUAUCUGGGGCUAUGUCAUCGGCAUUAUUGUCUGCGCUUUCUUCGGCAAGAUCGCUGGCGGAACGCUCGCUGCCCGGGCAAACAAGCUACUAUGGCGCGAAAGCUUCACCAUCGGCUGCUUGAUGAGCUGCAAGGGUCUGGUCGAGCUGAUCGUGUUGGCCGGCAUCCUGUCGGAAACGACCUUCACCAUGUUCGUUGUCAUGGCUCUGGUGACUACCGUCGCAACCACGCCCCUCACCAAGGCCUUAUACCCGCCGUGGUACCAGCAGAAGGUUGACAAGUGGCGGAGAGGGGAGAUCGACUGGGACGGCAAUCCCAUCGAUCCAUCGGAAACCGGCAGUGGCGAGCCGUCCCAAAAGGCCGUCGAAUCGCAGAUCCGCCGCUUGAUGGUGCAUCUUCGUUUGGAUAGUCUUCCUAGCCUGUUCACUUUCAUCAAUCUCCUCGGCCCCGAAGCCCCUCCCGCGCCGAUUCACCCAGAUGCGGCGGAGACGUCGCCCAAGGAGAGCGAGGUCCAGAUCAAGAAGCGGCCGCUUGAGGUUCACGGCCUGCGGCUAAUCGAACUCACCGACCGUACCUCGUCAGUCAUGCACCUCACCGAAGGCGAGGAUUUCUACUCUCUCCGCGACCCGGUGGUCAACGCCUUCCGGACCUUCUCUCAACUCCACGAUGUCGCCGUCUCCGGCCGAGUCGCCGUGGUUCCCACAGACUCGUACGCCGAGACCAUCAUGACCCAGGCGUCUGAAGUCGCGUCCGAUUUUGCGCUCAUCCCCUGGGGCGAAUACGGCAGCGUGUCAGAAGACCAGUCCUUCCCCAUUGCCAUGAGCGCCAGCGAGCGCUUCAGGUCGAGCUCCCACCUCGACUUCAUGAACCGGACCCUGUCCAAGGCCGCCCGCACGUGCAACGUAGGCAUCUUCAUCGACAACGGCUUUGGCGGCCUCAGCAAGCCCGCCGACCGCCCGGCGCUGGUCCGCAGGCGGAGCAUCAUUUCGAUCCGCAGCCACCGCGCCGAGCCGGCCGCCCUCCCCGUCGCCGACAAGUCCCACCACAUCUUCCUCCCCUUCUUCGGUGGCCCAGACGACCGCGUCGCCCUGCGCCUCGUCCUGCAGCUGGCCAGAAACCCGCACGUCACGGCGUCCAUCGUGUACAUCCACAGCCGCGCCGAACCCGGCCCCAGCAAUCCCCCAGAAGGCGACUCCAACGCCUCACCAGCCACCACCACGACCCCAUCUUCGUCCUCCACCGAUCCCAACCCCAAUCACAAGACGGGUCCUACCGCCACCACCACCACCGCCGAAGAACACGACGCGGCCUUCUUCGAGACCAUGCACGCCUCCCUCCCCGCCGCCCUCGCCCCGCGCGUCGUCUUUUCUGAGCUGCUCCUCCCGCCCCCAUCGUCGCCGUCCUCGUCCGCCGCGCUCACCGAGGUGCUCCUGCUCGCGCAGCAGACGGUGGGGCAGCGCCCCAAGAACGCGGGCGACGUGGUCGUGCUCGGGAGGUGGAAUGCGCGGUUCGGAUUCGGAUAUGGGGACGGUGCUGCCGGUGGUGCUGGGGCGGGGGUUGGAAAUAAUCCCGACUUGAAGAGGGUGAUUGGCCCGGUGGGUGAGCGGUUGGUCACGGCGGGCGUGAGGGCCAGUGUCUUGGUUGUGCAGGCUGGCGGCAAGGGAGCCGACGGGUAUGCGUAG